AGUUUUUAUUGCGCAUGUCAAGGAUUUUUGUCCCUCGGCGGACACCGUUUCCCAGCCAAGCAAUGUCUGCGCCUUCACUGAUUUCGUAGCGUGCAGAGUUCUAUCCUUUCCUGGUACUAGGCAUGGCGAGCCGAAGGGCCCGGCAGCGCCUCAAGGGCGGCGGUGGCGGUGGCGGCGGCGGCGGCAGUGGCGGCGGUAGCGGCAGCGGCGGGGACGCGGGCCCAGCCGCGGAGAAGCUACGGGAGUUACUGGGCAGCCGAGAGGCAGGCGUGGAGCCGCGGCCGGAGUCUGGAAAUAAAGCAGGGCAAGUCUGGGCCCCGGAAGGAUCCACUGCUUUCAAGUGUCUGCUCUCUGCAAGGUUGUGCGCUGCCCUUCUGAGCAACAUCUCAGACUGUGAUGAAACAUUCAACUACUGGGAACCAACACACUACCUCAUCUACGGGAAGGGGUUUCAGACGUGGGAAUAUUCCCCCGUGUAUGCCAUCCGCUCCUACGCUUACCUGUUGCUGCAUGCCUGGCCAGCUGCAUUUCAUGCACGGAUUCUGCAAACUAACAAGAUUCUUGUAUUCUACUUUUUGAGAUGUCUCCUGGCUUUUGUGAGCUGUGUUUGUGAACUUUACUUUUAUAAGGCCGUGUGCAAGAAGUUUGGGCUGCACGUGAGCCGGAUGAUGCUGGCUUUCCUGGUGCUCAGCACAGGCAUGUUCUGCUCAUCGUCUGCAUUCCUUCCUAGCAGCUUCUGCAUGUACACCACGUUGGUCGCUAUGACGGGAUGGUAUAUGGACAAGACACCCAUUGCUGUGCUGGGAGUAGCAGCUGGAGCGAUCCUCGGCUGGCCGUUCAGUGCAGCUCUCGGUUUACCCAUCGCCUUUGACUUGCUGGCCAUGAAGCACAGGUGGAAGAGUUUCUUCCUCUGGUCCCUGGUGGCCCUGGUUCUCUUCCUGGUGCCCGUGGUGGUCAUUGACAGUUAUUAUUAUGGGAAGCUGGUGAUUGCCCCUCUCAACAUUGUUUUGUACAAUGUCUUUACUUCUCAUGGACCUGAUCUUUAUGGUACAGAACCAUGGUAUUUCUAUUUAAUCAAUGGAUUUCUGAAUUUCAAUGUUGCCUUUGCUUUGGCUCUUCUGGUCUUGCCACUGACUUUUCUUAUGGAGUACCUGCUGCAGAGAUUCCAUGUUCAGAAUUUAGGACACCCAUAUUGGCUGACCUUGGCGCCGAUGUACAUUUGGUUUAUGAUUUUCUUCAUCCAGCCUCACAAAGAGGAGCGGUUUCUUUUCCCCGUCUAUCCACUUAUAUGUCUCUGUGGCGCCGUUGCCCUCUCUGCACUGCAGAAAUGCUAUCACUUUGUGUUUCAACGAUACCGCCUGGAGCAUUAUACCGUGACGUCCAGCUGGCUGGCACUGGGGACAGUUUUCCUGUUUGGGCUCUUGUCGUUCUCCCGCUCUGUGGCUCUGUUCAGAGGAUAUCAUGGGCCCCUUGAUUUAUAUCCAGAAUUUUACAGAAUUGCCACAGACCCAACUAUCCACACUGUCCCAGAAGGCAGGCCUGUGAACGUUUGUGUGGGAAAAGAAUGGUAUCGAUUUCCCAGUAGCUUUCUUCUGCCUGACAAUUGGCAGCUUCAGUUCAUUCCAUCAGAGUUCAGAGGUCAGCUACCAAAGCCUUUCGCAGAGGGACCACUGGCCACUAGGAUUGUUCCCGCUCACAUGAAUGACCAGAACCAAGAGGAGCCUUCCAGAUAUAUUGACAUCAGCAAAUGCCAUUACUUAGUGGACGUGGAUACCAUGAGAGAAACGCCGCGGGAGCCAAACUACUCAUCUAACAGAGAAGAAUGGGUGAGCCUGGCCCACAGGCCGUUCCUGGAUGCAUCUAGGUCUUCCAAGUUGCUUCGGGCGUUCUACAUCCCCUUCCUGUCAGAUCAGUACACGGUGUAUGUGAACUACACCAUCCUGAAGCCUCGAAAGGCAAAGCCAAGCCGGAAGAAAAGUGGAGGUUAGCACACCCCCGUGGCUCCGGUGGACAGCCCGUGUUAGCCAGGGCCUCCACUGAGCUGACUUCCUCCAAGGCGUCAUAUGCCGUAAUGGUCGUCUGCCAAGAAUGCCUGCUCUCGGUGCUCUGAGCUCGUCAUGGUGUAUCUCAAAGUCUAAUCAAGUCACGCACUGCCUGCUCCUGUGUCUCUUCUGCAUGUGAGCUUUCUGCAGAGAGGCACAGUCCUAGCUCCUGGGGAGGUACCCUGCCCCACUGCUCCUUGUCCUCCGAGUAGUUCUUUACUAGAGCGGAGAAGAGCUGAGAAUCCUCGACUCGGCGUGUGCUAGCCUUUUCCACUCCCUGGCCUGGCUUCCGAGAACUCCCAAGCCUUCCUUAGGCUGCGUGGUUUCCCUACCAAAGCUGUUUGGCAAAGGCCAGUGCUGAAAAGAAGCUCAGCCUCAUUGCCAGCCGGAUGUCCUUUACCCGCCAGCAAGACGCAGCUUCUAAAGCGUCCACAGGACUAACACCCUGUCCCGAAGCUCAGGAAAAAGGCGACCACUGAAGAACUGUGACCUAAUCAUAUUAUUUAUGAUGCCUCUGAUUUUCCUUUUAUUUUCUUUAAAACUGGUCUUAAUUAUAUGGCUUUUUGGGAAGCGUUGUAAGAUUUUUUUAAUGUUUCAGCAUGCUAUAUCUUGAAUUCUAGAAUCUGUACAGAGACUAAUCUGUAGGGCAUCUUUGGAGGAAAAGUGAUCAACAGACUUGGUGACAACACACUUUAAAGUAGUGGAGGCCAUUUUGGGGAAAUUAAGAAUUCCUUUUUGUAACAUGAUAGCCCCAGUGAAAUGAAAAUGCUUUACUUCGG